GCUUUAAUUUUUAUUAUUAUUAUUAUAGUGAUAGAGGGACAGCCGGCAGGUGGGAGCGGAGAGCGAUGAGAUGGUUUGCGACCUGAAUUGUUGUUUGACAAAUAGAUAGAUAGAUAGAGAGGGAAAUAACAUACAUACGGACUUGUUAGGUAAGGUCUGGUCAGGUGAAUUUUGGAAUUAUGGUGUAUUCUAGUGAUACUACUUAACUUAACUACCUACAUGCCUCAAUGAUUAUCAUUCAAUUACUCCACACGCCUCCUGUAUGGGCAACUAUAGUUGCUUCUGUCUUUCUCCUCAUGACUCUCACACUCUCCAUGUACCUUCUCUUUGAGCAUCUUUCCGCAUACAAGAAUCCCGAGGAGCAGAAGUUUUUGAUUGGAGUUAUCCUAAUGGUCCCCUGCUAUAGUAUUGAAUCUUUCGUAUCACUCGUCAAUCCAUCAAUCAGUGUUGAUUGCGGGAUACUCAGGGAUUGCUAUGAGUCCUUUGCCAUGUAUUGCUUUGGAAGAUACCUUGUUGCUUGCCUAGGUGGUGAGGAAAGGACCAUUGAAUUUAUGGAAAGACAAGGUCGCUCUGCUUCCAAAACUCCUCUUCUACUACAUCACCAUUCUCAUGACUACAAGGGAACUGUCAACCAUCCUUUCCCUCUCAAAUACUUCCUUAAACCCUGGAUACUUACCCGUCGCUUCUACCAAAUUGUCAAAUUUGGUAUUGUUCAAUAUAUGAUUAUCAAAUCUUUCACUUCUAUUAUGGCUGUCAUCCUUGAGGCCUUUGGAGUCUACUGUGAAGGAGAAUUUAAAUUGGGAUGUGGGUAUCCUUAUAUUGCAGUGGUUCUGAAUUUCAGUCAGUCGUGGGCAUUGUACUGCCUUGUACAAUUCUAUACUGUUACAAAGGAUGAAUUGGCUCAUAUAAAGCCAUUGGCCAAAUUUUUGACAUUUAAAUCUAUUGUGUUCCUUACUUGGUGGCAAGGUGUGGCAAUUGCUCUCCUAUAUACAUUUGGUUUGUUCAAAAGUCCCAUCGCACAAGGCUUGCAGUCUAAGUCAAGUGUCCAAGAUUUCAUCAUUUGCAUCGAGAUGGGCAUUGCUUCCAUAGUUCACCUGUAUGUGUUCCCAGCAAAGCCUUAUGAGCUAAUGGGAGACCGUCAUCCUGGAAGCAUUUCAGUUCUGGGUGAUUACUCUGCUGACUGUCCUCUUGACCCUGAUGAGAUUAGGGACAGUGAGAGACCCACAAAACUGCGUCUUCCUACAACUGAUGUCGAUGCCAAAAGUGGAAUGACAAUUAGAGAGAGUGUCCGUGAUGUUGUUAUUGGUGGUAGUGGAUAUAUUGUGAAAGAUGUGAAGUUCACAGUCCAUCAAGCAGUGGAGCCUGUAGAGAAAGGGAUCACUAGAUUCAAUGAAAAACUACACAGGAUCUCCCAAAACAUUAAAAAACAUGACAAAGAUAGAAGAAGAAUCAAGGAUGAUAGUUGCAUUGCCUCAUCAUCACCUGCGAGGAGGGUGAUUCGGGGGAUCGAUGACCCCCUCUUAAAUGGGAGUAUUAGCGAUAGUGGAAUAUCAAGGGCAAAGAAGCACCGUCGGAAAUCUGGAUAUACAAGUGCAGAGAGUGGAGGAGAGAGCAGUAGUGAUCAAAGCUAUGGGGCUUACCAGGUUAGAGGUCAUAGGUGGGUUACUAAAGAGUAAUGAAGGCUUUAUGUGGCAGCUUAUUGCAGUUUUCAUGUACCCAGCGCUGAGCUGAGAUGUAUUGAGAGGAAUAAUUUGUUAGAUAUGCUCAGGCUGGGUUUUAUAACAUGUUCGAUGCAUGAGUUCUGGUUGAAAUCUUUUUCCGUAUAGCAUUUUUUGUCAGAUGAAAUCAUGAUGUUCCUGUGUCAUUACUAUAAUGGGUCUUCUCUAUUUGUAUAGAGGUUUCUUCGCUGAUUAGUACCAAACAAGAAAUUUUCAACAGUUGCUAGAAUAAGUCAUGUGUUUGUCAGGGACAAUAUUAUCUGAUACUGGAACUGUUAUUUGAGGGGACAAUAUUAUGUGAUACUGGAACUGUUAUUUGAAGUAUGUCAAAGAAAGUGUUAUAUUUGAAUGUUAA